UCUCUUCUUCUCUCUAUUUCAAAAACUGAAGAUCAGCAGUUUUAAUGGAGGAAUUAUUUCAGUACAUGAAGACGCUGCGCUCUCAGAUCAACGAUGUGGCGGAUCACGCAGCUAAAAUGUCAGUGGAAGAGCAUAUGCAGAGCACUACUAUUGAGAAUCUCCAAAAGGAUCUCGAUUCAGUGAGGAAUGAUACUAAGCAAGUCAAGGAAGAAGCUGAUCGGAUAGCUAGAGCCAAAAUGGAGAUCUGCUUGAAGAUUCUGGAAAAACAGAGGAAAAUUGCUUCUCUUGAAGCUGAUUUUUACACUAUAUGUAAGACUUUGGAGCUAAUGCAGCAGGAAAGACUGAGCCUCUCAGCAAAACUUGUGGACCGAAGUGCACACUAUAAGAAUGUUACUGAGGAUCUCAGUGGACAGCUAAAUGAGCAACAGAAGUGGGUCAAAACUCAAAAUGUUGGCUCAACAACCAGAGAUGACUUGGUAAAUGAAAAUAACGAUGGAAUAAAAGAUUUCCCUGAUGGUGUGGACCAAAGCAUUAUGAAGGAUUUUCAAGCUGCUAAGGCUAAGUUUGAUGAAAUAAAGCAGCUAAAAUCAAAUCUUGUUUUGGAGAAUGCUAAGCUGAAGCAGUCUCUUGAGCUAGUGAAGGCUAAAAUGACCGAGUUUAAGCCAGAACUAAGGGACAUGAGUGAGAAAAGCUUGGAAGAGGAGAUUCAGGCACUCUUAUCCGAUAAAGCUGGAGAAGCUGAGUACGUGCAAUCCCUUGAACUUCAGAUUAUGAGAUUGAAAGAAAUCUCACACAAGGUAAGGUGCUCAUGUGGUGAGGAAUACAAUGUUAAGCUGGAUUAAUGGGUUCGGGAGGUGGCAAAGAAAGAAGGAACGUACG